UCUCUCAAGUGAUUUCCUACGUGGCGAACGAACCUUACUUUCUCUCUCUUCUACCUUUUUUCGCACUUUCUGGCUUCUGAGUUCUGACUACCUGCAAUGAAUUAUUUAAUUUUUCCCGGAAAGUACUCAAUCAAAUUAAUUUUUAAAUUUAGGUUUUAAAUUUGGGUCCAAACACAAAGAGGGUUUUUCAUUAGAUCUAAGUCGAAUUCACUUCUAUUUAUUUUCAUAAUUAUAGAAUUUUUUUUAAGAAACAUGAGCGGAUUUCUUCGUUUUUGAGAUUAAUUUCAAUAAUGGAGACGUCUCCUGUGGUAGCUGUCAAAGAAAACAAGCUAUUGAAAGGAGUAUUCGCCAUCUCCGGAAUCAUGUUUACUCUUGUCAUCUAUGGUGUCUUACAGGAAAAGAUUAUGAAAGUUCCAUAUGGACAAAAUAAAGAGUUUUUCAGAUACUCCUUAUUUCUGGUCUUUUGCAAUCGUCUUGCAACAUCAGCUGUGUCUGCUGCUUCCUUACUGGCAAGUAGGAAAGCAUUGGAUCCCGUUGCUCCUGUUUAUAAGUAUGGAUUAGUUUCAGUAACAAAUAUUCUAACCACAACAUGUCAGUAUGAGGCUCUUAAAUAUGUCAGUUUUCCCGUCCAAACUCUUGCAAAGUGUGCCAAAAUGAUACCAGUCAUGGUUUGGGGUACAUUUAUUAUGCAGAAAAGAUACAAGGGACUUGAUUAUACGUGGGCUGUUCUAGUAACUAUUGGGUGUUCGAUAUCUAUUUUAUACCCGGCCGGAGAUGAUAUUGAUCCUUACAAGAGAGGGGAAGAGAGUACAAUUUGGGGCGUGUCUCUCAUGGUUGGUUAUCUUGGAUUUGAUGGCUUCACAAGCACGUUCCAAGAUAAAUUAUUUAAAGGCUACAAUAUGGAAAUACAUAAUCAAAUUUUUUAUACAACAUUGUGCUCCUGUGUUCUUAGUUUUACUGGGCUUGUAUUACAAGGGCAUCUUCUAGCAGCUGUAGAUUUUAUUUACAGACAUCACGAUUGUCUCUACAAUAUUGUAUUACUUUCUACUUUUGUGCAAGUAGCUACGGCUAGUCAAUUCUUCAUUUCAUAUACAAUUCGGACCUUUGGUGCUCUCAUUUUUGCGACCAUUAUGACCACAAGACAGCUUAUCAGCAUCCUACUCUCAUGCUUGUGGUUUGCUCAUCCCUUAAGUCCAUUGCAGUGGCUUGGAGCAGUUAUAGUGUUUGGCUCACUUUAUGCGAAAAGCUUCUUGAAGGGCAGCACCCAGAAGCCCUCACCUCCAGAAGACGAUGAACGUAAAGAGUUGAUUCCUGUAAAGGGGACCAAUAGUUAGGCUUGUUCUUAGUCAUUGAGUCUCGAGGUUUCUCACCGGCGCAUUCAAGCUCGUGUUGAGGUUGCUAAGUGAUCUUAUUAUCAAAAUGCUAAGCCGUCAACAGGGGAUUUUUUGAUGAACGCGGAUGCAUAGUUGGUUAGUAUUAGUAUGUAAGAAACACAUGAGCGAUUAUAUAUGCUCUUUCUCUUUCUCAUAUUUUCAAUCAAUGGAAGAAGCAAAAUUAUGAUCAGGAAAAACCGGCAUGUAUUGCAGACGUGCAGUAAUGAAAACAAGAUUGUUCGAAUAACUUUUGAAAAUCGAGCUCAUUUCAUUGAUACUA